AUGUUCUACUUCCACUGUCCGCCCCAGCUGGACGGAGAGUGCUGUCGCUCCAACACCUUGAAUUCAAACGGUUUUGGCAGCCACACCCCGGCUGAUUUUGAUGAUGGAUUUCUACGUAGAAAACAGCGCAGAAACCGAACAACGUUUACGUUGCAACAGUUGGAGGCUUUGGAGGCUGUCUUCGCCCAGACCCACUACCCGGACGUGUUCACCCGGGAGGAGCUGGCCAUGAAGAUCAACCUGACCGAGGCCAGGGUGCAGGUUUGGUUUCAGAAUCGCAGAGCAAAGUGGAGGAAGACGGAGCGAGGGAGCACAGACCCCGAAGGAGGGAAAGAGCAGAUGAGUGAGGGCGCUCCUCCAUCCCGCAGCAUCAACUCUCAGUCCCCAGUGGACCAGAGCAGAAAACAGAAAGAACCACUGGAAAUGCAGCAGAGUAUCAACAGGACAGUGGGUCCUGGUGGUCCCUUCUUCCCAUCUUGUAUACCAGGGACACUGCUCAAUUCUGCCACCUAUGCCCAGGCCCUCUCACAGGUCGCCACACUGAAAGGUAACGGUUUGUGCUCCUGCUGUGUUUCUGACCCCAUGGGCUUGUCCUUCCUGCCGCCCUACGGUUGUCAGGGCAACCGCACAGCCAGCGUGGCCGCCCUGCGCAUGAAGGCCCGUGAGCACUCGGAGGCCGUGCUGCAGUCUGCCAACCUGCUCGGUGCGGCAACUGGGCCCGGCGCCGGCGUGGGAGUCCUGUCUGGAGUCGGCGCCAGCACAGCCGGGGUGGUGAGGCCCACGGUGGGUCCUGCCAUCGAGGUGCCUGGCACUGUGGGAAGAGGGGGAGACAGCUCCAGUCCGCGCCCUGCCACCAAGGUCCCAGUCCUGAGCAGCAAUCCUGACAAACACCCUCAAUGCUCUAAGGAACCACUGGAGAAAAAGUGA